CACAGAACACAGUACCGGGGUUCUAUCCAAAACUCUCCCCUCUGUGCUCUACUCACUGAACCCAACCUCCACCAAUGGCGUCCUCCAUUUCCGCCUCCCAACACCUCCUUCCCUCUUUCUCCUCACCCAUCACCACUAAUCCCGACUCCACCAGGUCUCGGCCGCUCUCCUCUUCCCUCUGGGGUUCACCCAUCAGCGUCAGCAGCUUCUCUUCCACCCUCAAACUCUCCCCCAACUUCCAAACCCGGCGGAGCCUCAGUGUCAUUGCAAUGGCCCCACCCAAACCCGGCGGCAAAGCCAAGAAAGUGGUGGGAAUGAUAAAGCUGGCGCUUGAGGCAGGGAAGGCCACUCCGGCGCCGCCCGUGGGUCCCGCGCUGGGUUCGAAAGGUGUGAACAUCAUGGCUUUCUGUAAGGAUUACAAUGCCAGGACCGCCGACAAGGCCGGUUAUGUCAUUCCCGUCGAGAUCACCGUCUACGAUGAUAAGAGUUUUACUUUCAUUUUGAAGACUCCACCUGCUUCGGUCUUGCUUCUUAAGGCUGCCGGAGCUGAGAAAGGUUCAAAAGACCCACAAUUGGAGAAAGUAGGGACGGUAACUAUUGACCAGCUGCGUACAAUUGCACAAGAGAAGCUGCCAGACUUAAACUGCACAACUAUUGAAUCAGCAAUGAGAAUUAUAGCCGGCACAGCAGCUAAUAUGGGGAUCGAUAUUGACCCUCCUGUUCUCGAAAAGAAAAAGAAGGAAGUUCUGCUGUAGUCCAGUAGUCCUGUUCAACAUUUUGUUUCCUUGCUUAGGCUUUGUUCUUAAAAUGAUAUUUGUAAGCUUUUAGAGGAUCGAUGCAACUCAGAAUGUAAUACCAUCAUUUCUUGUUGCUGGAUGUAAAUUUCUUUAACAAUAUUGCACUGCAUUCUGUAUUAUGAUUCUUAUUCCAAUUUGAACAUAAAAAAACGUAGUUCCCAAUCCAAACCAAUGGUUGUAAUGAUUUUGAUUACGUUUUACUGUUCUGUUCGAACAU